AUGGUGAUAUUAUUAAAUUAUUUUUUUCGAGGUUUUGAUCCUCUAAUUAACCAGAGAAUACGACAACCAAAUCGUCAGGAUGAUGUCAUUGUCAGGCAAAUGGAGGCUUUGGCCAUUGACGAUUCUGCCUUGCCUUUCUAUAAGAUGAACGCCAUUCCCAGAGGGUUAGCAAUAAUAAUAAACAACGAGCACUUCCAUAAGAUAAAAAAUGAUCAAUCUAGCAAGGAGUUGCCAACCAGAACUGGCACAGAAAAAGAUGAAGAGAAACUUGAUUACAUAUGGAGGAAGUUAAAUUUUGAGGUACAGUUAUACAAUGACGUGGACUCGACAAGAAUGAACCAGAUCAUGGUAGAAACAGCCUGCCAAGACCACUCAAUGUAUGACUGUCUUGUGGUGUCAAUAUUGACACAUGGAACUCUUGGCCAUGUUUAUGGAGCUGAUGGAAGGAUAGUAAGAAUUAGCCAGUUAACUAGUUGUGUUUCUGGCAGAAGAUGUCAGUCUUUGGCGGGAAAACCGAAGUUGUUCUUCAUUCAGGCUUGUCAAGGUACAGAAAACCAAGAAGGUCAUGCAAUUGAAACAGAUGCUGACAUACUUAGGCCAGAUGAAAGACAUAAUUUAAAUGUUGACAGACCAAGGGAGUUAAUCCCUGAUGAAGCUGAUUUCCUGUUAGGAUAUGCUACUGUUCCCGGUUAUGUUUCCUACAGAAGUAGAUCACAGGGGAGCUGGUAUAUUAAUAAGUUAACCGUGAAUCUGGAUAAAUAUGCUAAUAAGCAUGACUUACUGAGUAUUUUAAUUAAAGUAAACGAAGAGGUUGGAAGAGCUACAGCAACAAAUGACAAUGGACACUACAAACAGAUUCCGGCACCUAUGAUUACGCUGAGGAAACGAAUCAUCUUCAGAUAAAUUAUACUGUGGCAAACAUUGACAAUGUAGCUUACAAAUGCAGAUACUGGCACCUAUGUUUACCCUGAGGAAACAGAUCACCUUUCGAAAAAUUAUAUAUUGUGGCAGAUAUUGUUUAAAAAAAAUUUUUUUUAUUAUUACUUAAUAUCAAUUAGUCAUGCAGGUGCCUUGCAUAAGUAUUAUCAUGUUGAAAAUGUUUUCCUAUAUUGUAAUGUAGUAUUUAUAAAGAUAUUAGUUCAUGUGUAUAGCAUAUGAAAGCACUAUGUCAAGAUUUGUAGUUUUAAGGAUUUAAUUAUGACCUGAUAACUAUGCAGUCAAACUGAAAAUGAGAACCUCUGUAUACUGACUAUAUAAGAUGAGGUUUGAAAAGCAUAGGCAUAAAUACAUUGGGACAAGAAGAACUGUGACCUAACAAGACAGGUUUCUGUUUUUUCAUGUGAUGUGAGAAGCAGGUUUGACUUACUUACAGUUGGGUGCAGACCAAGCAUUACAUAAAGUAAACGCAAGUUAACGCCGCGUGCACAUAUUUCGUUAGUUAACUUCAAUUUUCGCGUUUACUAGUAAACGCGCGUUUACUAUAAUUACGUUAACGCGGUCAAAAUGGAAAUUUCUAAUGUCUACCCGAGUAAACGGGCGUUUACUAUGUGUCCGUUUAGUCAGUAGUAAACGGGCGUUUACUUCAGAUUUCACAAGUUUAUUUUUACGUGCACUUAAAAGUAAACGGGCGUUUACUACAGAUUUCACAAGUAUAUUUCUACGUGCACUUGAAAGUAAACGCGCGUUUACUUUUCGCGUUAACUGAUUGUGUAAAUUUAGAAAUAAACUUCGUGUUCAUUUGUACAUUUAUUUUAAUUAAAACGACUUGUAUCUUAAUAUUUUAUGUACAAGUGUUUCAAACCAGAACAAUUCAAAAACACCUUUAAUUCGAAAUAUUAACUUUCAUUAAUUACAAAAAAUCAGUUCAAAUAAUUUUCCCGAGUAGCAGAUUUUCUAUAUUUUCUUUUCAAAAGUUACAUGUACAAAUAUCGAGGCAAAUAGAAAGGUUAUCCAACACAUCGGAAAAAUAUUUGCAUAUGAUGGGAUAUAAACAUCAUGGUUUACGUUGCUUCGUUCCCCAUUUUUUAACAGUCUCUUCCUAAAUAUAACUCUAUGCAUUUAAUACAUGGAUUUUUAAUCGUAAUUCACCUUGUUUGCCUUGGAUUUACAUGAUUUAAGAUUCUGUUUUGCCAAAUGUUCGAUCGAAAAUUAUACAGUGUAUAUAUAGGGAUAUUGAUCUGGUGUUGUAUAAGUAUGUACAUUUGUACCAUCUCGUCAAUUUAGACAGAUUUAUCCAUAACGAUUAUAAAUGAUAUCUGGGACGUCCGAAAAAUAUACUCGUUCUGAACAUGAAAAAAAAUAUUUGCCCCUGGACGUUAGGCUACAAACGAAAUCAAUCAACCGCCAUAAUAUAUUAACAGUACACUUUUCUAAGAAGAGAACUUCUCAUACUUUGGAUACAUAUCAACUCGUACUUUUCAUUAUAAAUUACUUUAAUCAGUCAUGUCAGUGUUGGAUGAUGCCGUUAAAUAUUAUAGUUUUGUUUUAAAUACAAACCAUCCCGAACUACUGACUUAAGUGACAGUUCAUUAUGCAACUAUAAAGAUUUCCAUAAUAAACUGCAAAUAUGGUCAGUUUUGGUUGAUGCGGACAAAUAAUUUUGUUAUAUGAGUCAGUCUAAGGUAUGAAAAAACUAAAAUUUGUUUUUGAUUCAAUAUUUUAAAUAAAAAGAGGACAUGCUGGCACUAUAACUUGAUGCGAACAAAAUUGUGUAGUCAUUGUUUUCUAAUAUUACUGUCAUUUGUUUUAUACAGUUCCUUCUGACCUAAAAAUAUAACUAGUUUACUAUGCAGCUAUAUAGAUAAGCAUGAUAUAGUGCAAAUAUAGUCCGUUUUGGUUGAUGCGGACCAAUUAUUUUCUUAUACGAGUCAGUCUGAAGUAUGAAAACUACUGAUAUUUCCUUACGAUUCAAUAUUUUGAAUAAAAACAGGACAUGCUGGCACUAUAAAUUGAUGCGAACCAAAUUUUUUAGUCAUUGUUUUCCAAUAUUGCUGUCAUUUGUAUUAUACAAUCCAUCCUGAUAUAAAAAUAUUACUAAUUUAGUAUGCGACUAUAAGAUUUACAUAAUAAGGUGCAAAUAUGGUCAGUUCUGGUUGAUGCGGACAAAUAAGUUUGUUAUACGAGUCAGUCUGAGGUAUGAAAACUACUGAUAUUUGUUUACGAUUCAAUAUUUUGAAUAAAAACAGGACAUUUUGGCACUCACAAUUGAUGCCAACAAAAUUUUGUAGUCAUUGUGGUCCAAUAUUGCUAUCAUUUGUUUUAUA